AUGCAGCCAGAGUCUUCUGCACAUGUCAAGACUGGCGACUUUCGUCGCGAAAUUAACAUGAAUUUUACCUUUCUAGAGGAGGGAGGAUGGUCAUAUCGCUCAACGUCUUCCAUAGCUCCCGGGCCCUCGAGGUCCUCGACUGGGGACGAUUUUAGCUCAACGUCAGGUCCACCGCCCUACGGCUCUUUAACGAAUCAUGAUUCUAUUUCUCGCUGCCAGCCUGCUUCGAUCGAGUAUCUACCAACACCUUCGGCGAAACAGCCCUCGAGCUUGAUCCCUGAGAGGGAACGCCGGCCAUACCAGGUAGUAAAUGAAAUUGAUGAAACCUUUCCACUGCUUCCACCGAGACAACAAACUUCCAGUUUCAAGUUCACGUUGGACAAAAUGCUCUUGCUACUCGUCAUCGCAGCACUCCAUAUCUUCAUUAUAUCGCUUGUAUGGAUCCUUACAUCUACACGGUACCCAUCGCCUCCAGUGUUGUGGAUUAACGUAACAGCCUCUCCGUUUUGCUCGUCAGUCGGUUCCAGAAUCUACACUGCUGUGUCGUCUCACGUGCCAGACGGUUUUCAUCCCGACACUCGAUGCAUGGAAAGACCCAUUCGUAUCCACGGGCAACUAAUCCCCACCCCUCUCAGCUGCUAUUCUGAACUAGUUGAUCGUGAAAUAGAUGUUGGCGAUGAUGGUACACGUCGCAAGGUCACAUAUACGAUCACUCGAGGGAAAUGGCUUGUUGAUUGGGAUGAAGAAUCAUGCAUACCAGCUUGGGAUGUUGUGAGACCUUACAGCCCAGGUCCUGUACCCGAUACUCAGUGUCAGACGCACCGAGAGCGAGGGUACACAGCUUUUAUGACAAUUUCGCGUAUUCCACCUGGCCUCGAAGCUCUUGACGCGUGUAGAAACACUCCUACUACCAUUUACGGUCAGGAAGUCUUCCCGUCUCAUUGUCAGAUGGAGAAACGAGGAGAUGGCGUCGAGGUUGUACGUGCAAGGUUUUUCGUUGAAGAAUCGAACUGCAUUCCGGUUUGGGUUAACUUGGCAGCCUCUCCGGCCUGUACAUCUAUCGGUACUCGGAUGUAUACUGCUUUAUCCUCGCAUAUGCCGUUGGGAUUCCAACCUGAUCUCCAUUGUUCCACUCGGCCCAUUGAGAUCCACGGACAUGUUAUACCUCAACCACUUUCAUGCCAUUCCGAGGCAGUCGAAAGGAUUGUGUAUGACGAGAUUGAUAACAGUCGUCAUAGGGUCGUUCAAACCCUUACCACUGGAGAAUGGUUAAACGAUUUUGAGGAGAAAUCGUGUACGCCAAUCUGGGAUCCCGAUGUAGUCCCUGACGAUCUCUGUACGUCGUAUGGGAAACGAGCUUACACUGCAUUCAUGACUGUUCCCCGUAUUCCGCUUAGACUCGACCCUCUUGAUUCUUGUUGGAAGACGCCUUUGGUGAUAGACGGUCAACGAGGGUUCCCUUCUGAGUGUCAUCUCGAAAAUGGAGUUGUACGUGCGCGGUUCGUCGUUGACGACUAUCAUGGGUGCGCUACGGCGGCUUGGACGAACGUUCAGCCUGAUUAUCAGUGUUCUGAGUAUGGUAUUAAGAAGUUCACGGGGUUCUUGGAGGGUAUUCCGGCGGGUCUCGAUCCGAUGGAGGUUUGUAGGACGGUUCCGCAUUUGUUUUUCGGUGUAAAGGAGAAGCGGCCUGAACAGUGUGAGAAAGUGAGGGAUGGAGAGAGUCAAAGGAUCGUGGAUGAUUGA